CAGUUUUCCCAAUAAUUACCUAAAUUUCAAUUCAUCAUGGUGAAUUUAUAGCUGAACUGAUGUCGGUUUAUUUUUUCUCUUUCAGCUACUGAUCUUUUUCUAUUAGAAAUGAUGGAUAACAUAGACGAAGUAAUAGAUUUAAAACCAUCGAAAGAAGCUGAGGAAAAAGUCUUUCAUUGUACCACAUGUGGCUUUCAAACGCAAUAUAAAUCAAAUUUUCUCAGACACAAGAAAAUUAAUUUGCUACUGAAAGACCGACAGUUGUUUGCAUGUACACACUGUAAUAAGAGAUAUACAACAAAACUAGGCUUACAACGUCAUCUUGAUCAUAAUCAUAUUGAUUCCAGAAAUGCCGAUUGUACAUCUUCAACUGAUGAAGAAGUGAUAUUAGAUGCUUUAAAAAUCGAAAUUGAUGAUGUCGCUUCGCCUUUGGAUGACUCUAAAAAUUCUGAAUGUUUAGCUGUGACUAAUGAAAUAAAAUCAGAAGAUUUUAUAAAAACAGAACCCGAAGAUGUCGCUCCGAUUAUGAAGACAGACGUGCACGACGACUUUAAAAGUAGCGAAAAUGAAUCUGCCACUCGAAAUGUGAAGCAAGAAGAUUUUAUAAAAAUGGAACCUGACGAUGACGUCUGACGUUUGUGGAUAAAGAUACGCAUUUUUCGACGAAGAAAAUAUUCGUAACACUAAACAUU